AGCCACAGGCGCCCGGCGCUCUGCUCCGCGCGGGCCCGACCACCCCGCAGGCAUAGGCUCAGACCGCGCGGGAAGCGCAGCCUGGCGCCCCGCCGCAGCGCUCAUGAUCAGCGACUUCCUGAAGCCCUGACUCCCCAGGGUGCAGCCAGAGGCCGCGAUGAACGCGAGCGCCUCCUCGCUGAACGAGUCCCAGGUGGUGGCAGUGACGGCCGAGGGAGCGGCGGCGGCGGCCACAGCGGCAGGGGCGCGGGACAGCGGUGAAUGGGGGCCCCCUGCGGCGGCGGCGCUGGGGGGCGGCGGCGCGGCUAACGUGUCCCUGGAGCUGUCUUCUCAGCUGCCGGCCGGGCCGCCAGGGCUGCUGCUGUCGGCGGUGAAUCCUUGGGACGUGCUCCUGUGCGUGUCGGGGACGGUGAUCGCAGGCGAAAACGCGCUGGUAGUGGCGCUAAUCGCGUCCACCCCCGCGCUGCGCACGCCCAUGUUCGUGCUGGUGGGCAGCCUGGCCACCGCCGACCUGCUGGCGGGCUGCGGCCUCAUCCUUCACUUCGUGUUCCAGUACGUGGUGCCCUCAGAGACGGUGAGCCUGCUCACGGUAGGCUUCCUCGUGGCCUCCUUCGCUGCCUCGGUCAGCAGCCUGCUGGCCAUCACGGUGGACCGCUACCUGUCUCUCUACAACGCGCUCACCUACUACUCGCGGCGGACCCUGCUGGGAGUGCACUUCCUGCUCGCCGCCACCUGGACGGUGUCCCUAGGCCUCGGGUUGCUGCCGGUGCUCGGCUGGAACUGCCUAGCAGAGCGCGCCACCUGCAGCGUGGUGCGCCCGCUGACACGCAGCCACGUGGCGCUGCUCUCCGCCGCGUUCUUUGCGGUCUUUGGCAUCAUGCUGCACCUGUACGUGCGCAUCUGCCAGGUGGUCUGGCGCCACGCACACCAGAUCGCGCUGCAGCAGCACUGCCUGGCGCCGCCCCACCUCGCAGCCACCAGAAAGGGUGUGGGUACCCUGGCUGUGGUGCUGGGCACUUUUGGCGCCAGUUGGCUGCCCUUCGCCAUCUACUGCGUGGUAGGCAGCCGCGAGGACCCGGCAGUCUAUACCUACGCCACCCUGCUGCCCGCCACCUACAACUCCAUGAUCAAUCCUAUCAUCUAUGCCUUCCGCAACCAGGAGAUUCAGCGUGCCCUGUGGCUCCUGUUCUGUGGCUGUUUCCAGUCCAAAGUGCCCUUCCGUUCUAGGUCCCCCAGUGAGGUCUGAAGGCUCCCUCCGGCCUCUCACCAACACCACACCCACAACAAGCCAGCCUUUAGUGAGCUUCUCGGUGCCUGCUGCUGAACUCAGAGAUCCCAGUAGUGUGAUUCUGACUUUGGAAAGAAAGAAAGCAAGAAUAAACAUAAAUACAUCAAACUCAAAAGACAAAGAGGCUCUUUGGCACUUUACAUAUACAGUGUAUACAUGUGUACAUAUAUAUACAAAUCUUUGUAUCUUCUGGAGGUGUUCAGGUCAGGAUGUGGGAUUUCCUGUUCUGUGAAAAAACUAACAAAGAUGUGGUUGUAUACUCAAAUUGUACAUCACAUUGUCAAGUGAAGACAUUCCAAUACUGCUUAAUUAUAGCACUUUAUUUUUAGCUGCUGAACUGCCAAAACAGUGUUGCCAUUUUCGGGGCGGGGGAAGAAGAAUAAAAGGUGUAUUUUUGUUGUAUGUGAUAGUAUAUUUUGCUGCACAUGCAUCAGUAAAUUACAACAUAUUUUGUACACAAGUAAACACAUAAUAAAAAUGUAAUUUGGGGCAUGUGACUACCUGAUUACUAUUUAAGAGCUGGAAUAUUAGUACUUUUACUUAAAAAGUUCAUUAUGUAUCAUCUCCCUCCAAUGAAAUCUUAAUGUAGAAAACCAUAUGCAUUUGCACGUUGUUCAUAAAUUGUCACUGAAAUACCUAAUACACAUUUGAGGGGGGGGGGCUGAGAGGGAGUAAGAUAGUCACAUUAACAGUAUUCAUAGGACACCAAAGGGUUACUGGUGUUAUCUGUGCAAAUUAAUCUACUCCUUGGUUUCUGGGUUCAGAAGACAAACUCCAGAGGAUAUCUGAAACCAUUCCUUCCUCUUACCACAUGAGUGCACUUAUGAGUUCUGAAACCACAACUUUUAGUUGUAGCUUUUCCAGUCUGGAAAGAAUUUUAAAUGUUUAAAAUUCAUAUUGACUGAGUAUAUUCUUGCUGGCCAAUUCUUGUAGCA